GAAUUGUUUCAGAUGCUAGAACGCCGCCAGCGAUCAAUCACAGAUCUGCAGCUCUAGUGCCGCCGCUGUGUUUGUUGAGACUGGGACGCUCGCAUCCCUCUCUGAGCCCUUGGCUUACUCGCCAGAAAUCACUCGGCAGGGUUGAACUUCACUUCCCAACAAACCCUGCGGCUUCCUAUCGCGAGAGGCAUGACGAGAACCUCGCUGCUCUCUCUUCUGGAGUGGAGGGUCCCAGCAGAGGCGGGACACGUCCCAGCACGGCGUAAAGGGCGCGCGGCAUCCUGGGAUAUGUAGUCUGGCUGGAACCAGAGCGCCCCCUCAAAUGAAUGGGGUCGGGGCUGACAGUGAACUGCAGCUCCUCUGGCCGGGAGCGUUGGCGGCGGCGCCGGCGAAGAGCGGCGCUCCGCGAAGGGACGAAGUUCUGUGCCACCGCCGAGGCAGUGGUCUAGGCGGGCGCUUUCUCCGCGCGCGCUCCCCUUCCCCGCGCCCGCUCUCCGCGGUGGGCUUGGUGUUCGCUGGCUGCUGCAGUAACGUGAUCUUCCUGGAGCUCCUGGUCAGGAAGCAUCCAGGAUGCGGGAACAUUGUGACAUUUGCGCCAUUUUUAUUUAUUGCUGUGGAAGGCUUCCUCUUUGAAGUCAAUUUGGGGAGGAAGCAGCCAGCUAUCCCAAUAAGCUACAGAUGGCUUCUAGGGAGCAGCCUUGAGGCAGUCACGGCCCCCACCACCUGGGACAGAGGAAGGGGAGGCUGCAAAACGGCCUUGUCCAAGCUCAGACGAAUGCCUGCUCUGGGCACUGCCGUGGACGUUCCCUGUGCCUAUGGCCUGAAAGCGGGCGGAGCCCUCAAGGGAACCAUCUGCCCCAAGCCUUCCAUCUUUUCAGGGCUAAAGUCUCACUCUUCCUAUCGACCAAGUGUAGCAGCCGCUUAAAAUCUAAGGGGUGACCCCAGAACCAAACCUCGUCUGUGCCAUGAACGUGAGGCCUGGUUGCCCAGGGGGUGGGCAUGACUUUAACAGCCAAGAUGAGGGGAAGGGAAUAAACUAUGUGCAACUACAACAUCUGAAGUAAUAUUUACAUUUGAAAACCUGGGCCGGGAAGCUUGGAAUGGCGUCGCGGCUGGGCGACCUGCCCUUUUCCUUCACUUGCCUGAAGCCGCACCUCCUCUACCUCGCGCUCCUCUCGCAUCCUGAGGGGAACACCCAGCCUCAGCACCAUUCUCUCCAGACGUAGCCCCGCCCCGCUCUGAGCCACGUCCCCUCUCCAUAUGCAAACAUGGUGCCACCUUGUGCUUAGCCACGCCCCCUGCCUUUCAGUACAGAAAAUGGCGCCUCCCACCUUGGGCUUAAGCCUCCAGGUGAAGAGCUGCCUCCCGCUUCCCCACGCGGGCCGGAUCGGGUCCCCGGGCAGCAA